CGCCGGAUCUAAACUUCAUGAUAAGCGUUAAAAGGUGUUAGUUUUCAUAAAAGAAAAUCUAUUUUCCCUUGUUUUCAAUUGGUUUUAAUUUAAUCUAUGAGAAUAAAUUUAAUACAAAUUAAAACGUAUCGAAACUGGGAUUCAUCAAUGCUAAAUAAUAAGGACUAUGCCAAAUUUUCAAGGCCAAACCAAGGAAAUUCUUAAAAUUUGAUGUUACAUUUUAAAAUGAUAUCUAAUUUUAACUGCUUCAUGAAAACAAGUUUUUUCUGCUGAUAUGGCGUCAAAUUUUAAUUCUUUUACUUGGACAUUGAGAAUUUGUCAUAAUUUUUUCUAUUCUCUAUUGGUAAAUCCCAUUUUCGAUGCCCUUUGAUUUGGUAUAAAAAUUGUUGUUGAUGUUAUUUGAAAUCAAGACGUUGUCCAUCCUGUAGAUUCUUAUGAGCUAUGAAUACUUUGUAAAAUGUUCGAAUUCUUAGAUUAUCGCUGCAAAGAUAUUGCAGCGUGACAGUUUUGUUAUUAACUGAAAGUCAUGAUCCGUCUUCGAAACACUAGGAAAACUGAUUCACGAUUUCAGCUUGAACAUUUAAAUAGAGACAAAUCCUAAAGAAAAUAGCUUAUUGUGAAAACUUCACAUGUUUUCGUUUUUUUCUAUCAUAAGAUACAUCUAUUAGAAACGUGUUUCUUUUACAUCGAUCAUGUACACUUUCAGAUUUGAUGCUCUUAUUUCAGGAGGGAAGCAAAUCAAAAAACCUUGAAACUGAUUAUCUGGUUGAUGAUCUAUUCCCUGUAUAGUCACUGACUCAAGCGUUGUUUCUAAAAUUGAUUAUAAAAUACGUGAACGAACUUAUGGUCGUUUAAUUUCAAUAAAUUCAUUUUUUUCAACAACUGUUUCUCGUGAAUUAGCUACAUUUUUUCUUAAUCGAUCACCAUCUUCAAAUGACCUUGAACGAGUUUUAUUCGAAAUCGAUGCCAAUCCAUCUAAUAGUUCAACAAAACCAUUUGGUUUUAUCAAAUCUAAUAGUUAUUUUCAACAAAUUGAAGAAGUUUUAUUUACAUUAGGAUCAAUUUUUCGUUUAGUUAAUAUUCAUCAUCAAUCAGAUGGAUUAUGGAUUGUACGAUUAUCAUUAUGUCAAGAUAAUGAUCAACAACUAAAUAAAAUUUUUCAAUCGUUUAAAACAAAUGAAAAAAUAAAUAUACUUUCUUUUGGAAAUUUGUUAAAAAAAAUGGGUAAGUUAAACGAAGCUGAAAAAUACUUUACACGUUUACCUAAUGAAUUAUCUGAUUAUUAUCAUAUAAUUGCUGAUUGUUAUUACACAUUAGGAUGUAUAGAAAUGGAGAAAAAUAUGUAUGAUUCAAGUCUUAAAUUCCAUCAAAAAUCUUUAGAAACUAAAUUAAAAAUAUUAAAAGAAAAUGAUUUGAGUAUAGCUGACAGUUAUAAUAGUAUUGGUCGAAUUUAUUUUAAAAAAUCUGAUUAUAAACAAGCAUUUUCAUCAUAUUAUCGAGCAUUGAAAAUUACUAUACAAGCUAAUGGUGAAUAUCAUUCAAAUGUAGCUAUUUGUUAUACAAAUUUAGGUGGAAUUUAUCAAAAACAAGAAGAUUAUAUAGAUGCCCUUGAAUGUCAUCAACAAGCAUUAGCUAUUCGUCAAAGAAAUUUGUCUAUUGAUCAACCAGAUUUAGGUAUAUCACAUAAUAAUAUUGCUAUUAUUCAUUUAUGUCUUGGUCAUUAUGAUUUAGCAUUAGAGCAUUAUCGUAUGUCACUGAAAAUUUUACAAAAUACAUUUCAUCCAUUACAUCCCGAAAUUGCUGUAUGCUAUUGUGGACUUGGUUUUAUAUAUGAAAAAAAAGAUCAAUUAGAAGAAGCUUUAUCGUAUUAUGAUAAAACAGCUACUAUCUAUCGUCAAGCUUUAUCUUUCAUAAAUUCAGAUAUCAUUCGAAUUGAACAACAUAUUCAAAGAAUAUCAUCAAAACUUUGUGAUAAUACAAUACGAUAA